AUGGCCAUGAAUGUUGAUCCAAACUCGGCAAUCUACACCACCGAUGAAUACGGCAGACCUUUUAUUAUUGUUCGCGAAGGUCAAACAAAGUCUAGGCUGAGCGGUAUUGAAGCCAUUCGCUCUCACAUCUUGGCUGCCAAAACAGUAGCAACCAUCAUCAAGACUUCAUUAGGUCCUCGUGGUCUAGACAAGAUUUUAAUUUCUCCCGAUGGUGACAUUACGGUGACAAAUGAUGGUGCAACAAUUUUAGAUCAGAUGGCUGUUGAACAUCAGAUUGCAAAACUUUUGGUUCAAUUGUCUAAGAGUCAAGAUGACGAGAUUGGAGAUGGUACAACUGGUGUAGUUGUAUUGGCUGGAUCUCUGUUAGAACAAUGUGAACAAUUGUUGGAUCGUGGUAUUCACCCAAUUCGUAUUGCCGAUGGGUUUGAACGUGCCUGUAAUGUUGCUGUCACUCACCUGGAAUCAAUUUCUGACACUAUUGAAUUCAGCAAGGAUAAUGUGUCAAACCUCAAGAAGACUGCUAUGACCAGUCUUGGCAGCAAAAUUGUGUCAAAGUGCCACGAACAAUUUGCUGAUAUUGCUGUCAACGCUGUUUUGGCAGUUGCUGACUUGGAGCGCAAGGAUGUUGAUUUUGAGCUUAUCAAGGUGGAUGGCAAGGUCGGUGGAUCUAUGCAGGACACAUUAUUGGUCCAGGGUGUGGUCAUCGACAAGGAUAUGUCACAUCCCCAGAUGCCUCGUGAGGUUCACGAUGCCAAAAUUGCCAUUUUGACCUGCCCCUUUGAACCACCAAAGCCUAAGACCAAGCACAAGCUUGACAUCACCUCCGUUGAGGAGUACGAAAAGCUCCAGGCGUACGAGACCAAGAUGUUUGAGAAUAUGAUCAACCAGGUCAAGGACUCGGGUGCCAAUCUCGUCAUCUGCCAGUGGGGUUUCGAUGAUGAGGCAAACCAUCUGUUGCUACAAAACAAGUUACCUGCCGUCCGUUGGGUCGGUGGUCCAGAAAUCGAACUGAUUGCAAUUGCAACAAACGGCCGUAUCGUGCCCCGCUUUGAGGAUCUCACACCAGGCAAACUCGGAAAGGCUGGUGUUGUACGUGAAUUGAGUUUUGGUACAACAAAGGAUCGAAUGCUGGUGAUCGAGGAGUGUGCCAACACCCGUGCUGUCACGGUAUUUGUGCGUGGCGGUAACAAGAUGAUCAUUGAUGAAGCCAAGCGUUCGCUCCACGAUGCCAUCUGUGCUGUCCGCAACCUGGUCCGUGAUAACCGAGUUGUGUACGGUGGUGGAGCUGCCGAAAUUGCCUGCUCUUUGGCCGUAUCAAAGGUUGCCGAUGAGAUCUCUUCCAUCGAGCAGUAUGCCAUGCGUGCCUUUGCCGAUGCGCUUGAUGCAACACCUCUUGCUUUGGCAGAAAACUCUGGUCUGUCUCCUAUCGAGACAUUGGCUGAAGUCAAGGCAAAACAAACUUUGACCGGCAAUCCACGCUUGGGCGUCGACUGUCUCUACAAGGGGUCUAAUGACAUGAAGGACCAGCACGUCUAUGAUCCCCUUAUUUCCAAGCGCCAACAGUUCUUGCUAGCAACUCAGUUGGUCAAAAUGAUUUUAAAGAUUGACGAUGUAAUUACUACUGUCGGUAAUGAAGCCUAAAUAUUACCCCCUCUUUCCUACCACUCCCUCCCCCAACCACAACUACAGCCAUAAUCACCAUCACCAUUACCAUUACCACUUUAAACAAAACAAAAAGCAGAAACAAUCAUAGUUAUUCACCUUUCUGUACGUACAUGCAUUUUACACAUCUAUUCCAAACAUAACUGCAAAGACUUAAUAGAACAGGAACCUGUUUACACAAAAAUAAAUAAUUAUUUUCAAAUGAU